AGCUAGGUGUGGCUCAGCCAAGUCACAUGUGGUCAGUGUUGACGGUUGAUUGAAUACUGUUCAAGUGAGUUGUCCUUUCACAACAAGUAUUUAGCGAAAAUUGACCAAAUUGGUCAGAAAUUACGUAAGAAUUUGACGGGAGGUGUCCAGCGCACGUGGAUUGGACAAGUUUGUUCCAUACAACAUCUCUAGAGAGUGAUAUGCAUGUACAUUGUAUCGUAGGAUCAGAACUCAGAUGGCAAUGAAGAAAUGCACACGCGUAUUCUUGUUUGCUGUUGUCUCUGUGAUACUCCUUUGGGUGCCAUAUAUGGCACGCUUUGGUUUCCAAGACAUUGUAAUUGUCAGGCCUCUGAUGUCAAGCAGCAUAGGUGAAAAUGGUUCUUCAGUAAGGACAGAACAGCACCCGCAGUUAGUCUAUCUCGUCCAAGGCGCAUCAAGACACCCUAUUCCCGGUCUCAACGCCACGCCGAAUAGAGAAAUAAUAUGGCUCACGUACAGAGACAAAACAGGCGACAUCUACUUUCCGAACAGCACUCUCACUGAAGGUCGUAACCGGCUGCUCUUGGAAGCAAUUGACCGUGCAUCUAAAAGGAAUGACGGUGGCUACUUGUACUACCUAUUUCUGGACGAUGAUUUGUUGCUAAAUAAUGAGAAUGAAACGAAACGCUGGUGGAGAAAAGAUUUACCACGCAACCCAUUUGAUCGAUUUGAACUGUUUUUACACGAUUUCCAACCAGCAGUUGGGUUUACAAGAUUUGGCUUUUACACCCAUGAUGUCCCAGCCCCUGUGGGGGUGAAUUACAAUUUCGAUGCUAUUUUCAACGGGUUCCACCGCCACACAAUUUCCUUCAUGUUGCCAUACAUAAGCGAUUUAGAUCACACAUCAUGGUGGUUUUCGCAGUGGUUUGUCAUUCACAUAUCUGCGAUGUUUUAUAAUUCAAAUCGGGUCCGUUGCAACGCAGUGUAUGUAAUAAAUCCAAGAUAUCAUGGGAACAAUAAGUUGAAGGGAGCCUACGCCGAUUCUGGCGAUUUCCGUAUACCGCGUGAUUAUUUACGCACAUGGAUAGACAAGAACAACAAAGUUAAAACCGCCAACGGGGAAAAUAUUAACUUGCUUCGGACCUUUAAGAGACAGGCCUUGUAUUUUGACAUUCCAGGAAAUGCCAGCAGAAAAAACAGUAUGGAAUACAGGGUUUCUACAAAGUUCAUCACCACUGCAUUCGAUAAGUCCCACCCGGGCAUUCAAAAGAUUUUGCGCUGGAGAAAUUUACCAAAAGUAAGGAAUAUCCUCUAUGGGAGUGAGAAGGAUGAACCUGACUUCUUUCCAGAUGUUUUCCCCUUGCACUAACCCCCUUUUUACCGCGUGUUCUUCGUAUUCUACAAGGAAAACAGUUAGUAGUCACAUUUACUGCUGGACCCAGGAUUUUUCUCUGAAGGGUGGGAGUGGGGGUUAAAGAAUGGACAUUUUUCUUGUUUCAGAAAUAUGAAAUGAAAGACGAGGGGAAUUUUUUCAAUAAUGAUGAUAAUAACCAGGGAUGGAAAUGGCGAUUCGCACAAUCUAGCAAAGAAGGCUGGUGAAUUUUACUUAAUGCGGUGAAAAUUAGAAAUUUUGAACACGAAAACAUGUUUAUAAUAUGUUCUCAACGGUUUUUGAAAAAAUAUACCUUGGUGCUGUGCUAUAGGAAAAACAGCUGUAGUUUCCAGGGUGCAUUUAUUUAUUAAUUCCUUCAUUUAUCUAUUUAAUCAGUUAAACCAUGUUUAUUUUAUUUACAUAUAUUUAUUAAUUUUGUUUAUAUUUAUUUUCACCUAUAUGAAAGCAUAAUGCAAAUUGUAUACAUUAAAUAAAAGACAAACAUACAUUAUGUAUCUUUCACUCCUGCAUGAUUUCAACCAAUAGGAAAAAUUAUUUCAAUGGAGAGUGGAGAGCAUGGAAUUGGAAUUAUCAAUACCUAUCAAGUUCACCCCAAUAUAGAGGGUUGAUAAAAAAAUAAAGGAUUUAUUUUUCUUAUUUUAUUUGGUUUACUUAUAUACUGAUUCCCAACGUACACUGUGUCAAGGUAUCAAGUUCGUC